AUGCAGACAUCAAGAGCGAGACUGUUCAAGGAAUACAAAGAGGUUCAGAGAGAGAAAGUAGCUGAUCCAGAUAUUCAAUUGGUGUGUGAUGAUACCAACAUAUUCAAAUGGACUGCACUUAUCAAGGGACCAUCAGAGACUCCUUAUGAAGGAGGAGUGUUUCAGCUUGCAUUUGCUGUUCCUGAGCCAUAUCCUCUUCAGCCUCCUCAAGUUCGGUUCUUGACCAAAAUAUUCCAUCCCAAUGUGCAUUUCAAGACAGGGGAGAUAUGUCUGGACAUAUUGAAGAACGCGUGGAGCCCUGCGUGGACGCUUCAGUCAGUGUGUAGAGCGAUCAUAGCAUUGAUGGCUCAUCCUGAGCCGGACAGUCCUCUUAACUGCGACUCAGGUAAUCUUCUAAGGUCUGGGGAUGUGAGAGGGUUCAAUUCAAUGGCACGCAUGUACACACGCCUUGCUGCUAUGCCUAAGAAAGGAUGA